AUGAUCGAUCCCACUGAACGUGAGAGCCUGUCUAAUUGCAAUAGCGGUGAGGCUUUCAAGGACAACAACAAUCCAUUCGCCCCCUCAGCGGUCGAUAAUACACACAAUUCAUUAUCAUCCACCGAUACAGAGCCCAGUAGUGACCCAGAGAACUUAAAUAUACGCCCUGUCCAGCUACAAUACACAUCUCAACUCAAGACACAACUCACCGGCACUCCUGCUUCCAAAGUUCGCUUGGUGCUGGAAUACAUGAACAUGCUUGGGCUCAAUCUUCCCUUAUUCUUAAAUUAUCUCAGCUGGGGCGACUACAACUGCAUCACGGACCCCAAGAUCCGCUAUGAAAGGACAGCUCUCAUGGGCACUCGUAAUGCACGUGCAACUGGGGGAAAGGAUGUACUCAAGGUGUUUGCCUUCUCAUGUGUUAGGGAAGCUAUUGAAAGAGAAUUAAGUAGCAUACAGGAGUUAGCAAAGUGCCCGCCCGAAGAUGUCAGUGAAGAGGGUCUUACCAGCCUGCUAAUUGACGACUUGGUCCUCAAACUCGAUAUGUAG